UAAAGAAGGAGAAGGAAAGAGAAAGUUUUGCAGAGACUGCUAUUGAGGUCCAUUUCUUCUGCUCAAAAUGACAAUGGAAGAAUAGCUGAGAGAGACUGGAAGAGAUGAGAGAGGUAUAGACAGCUGCAACUCAGCACAGAAAGCAAGGUGGCUGAACUUCUCCAUCAAAGUAAAUUAAAGUCCUUUGAGAGUGAACGUGUUCAACUCAUGCAAGAAGAAACAGCAAAGAAUCUCUCACAAUGUCAAUUAGAAUGUGAGAAAUACCAGAGAAAACUGGAGGUUCUCACUAAAGAGUUUUAUAGCCUUCAAGCAUCUAGUGAGACACGCAUUACUGAACUUCAGGCACAGAAUUCUGAGCAUCAAGCAAAGCUAGACACUUAUGAAAAACUGGAAAAAGAACUUGAUGAGAUAAUAAUGCAAACUGCAGAAAUGGAAAAUGAAGAGGAAGCAGAAAGGAUUCUCUUUUCCUAUGGAUAUGGUGCUAAUGUUCCUACAACAGCCAAAAGGCGGUUAAAACAAAGUGUUCACUUGGCAAGAAGGUUACUGCAGCUAGAAAAGCAAAACGCAUUGCUUGUAAAAGAUCUGGAACAUCAGAAAGAACAAGUCACGCAGAUUUCACAAGAGCUUCACAGAGCCAAUUCUUUGUUGAGUCAAGUACAACAGCCAUACAAGUACCUCAUUGAGUCUGUACAACAGAGAGAUUCUCAGAUACAUUUACAGAAAGAACAUAUUACACAACUUGAGAAAGAUGUCAGCCUUUUAAAUAAAGAAAAGACAGCUUUGCUGCGUGUCAAGAAUCAAAUGGCAGCAGAUUUGGAAAGACUUCUAAAUCAUCGUGAGGAACUGGCAGUAAUGAAACAAAUUCUGAUCAGUCUUCAUGGUAAACGCUAUGGGGAAAAUUUACCUCAGUCUCAUAGUGAUGUAAGAAGCUUAACUGCAAAACACAAAUCAAACCCUUCUGUAAAGCUGCCAGCAGAACACGAGGAAGAAAAUGUAUUUAUACCCAAACCAACAUUAUUUACGAAUAGAGAGGCACCUGAUUGGUACAGGAAGCUGAAGCAGAAAAAAGCACCAUGAUAUUGUUCCAGGGAUUUUCAAUAUAAAUUAUCUGUUUGGGAGUUUAUUCUGUGAAGAAAGAAAUUGUAUUCAUAAUCAUGUUCUUAGUACCACACAAAUAAACAACUGGUUUGUUUAAUUUUAUACCUAUAAUAUGUUUAUACAUUGUAACAUUACCAUUAAACAGCUAAUGAAAAAAUAUGUGGCAGUACUUGAUGUGAUGAUUUUACCAUCAGUAUGUUCUAAUUCAAAAUAGUGAAUACAAACAUACUCUGUGUGUGUUAAUAAUUUUAGCUAAUAAAGGACAUCUUAUUCACAAUGCUCAUUAAUGUGAAUUUCAGCUUUUUCAUAUAGUUUUUCU